GUGUAUGCACAAGAAGGAAUUGAAGGCGAAGGGUGUUGUGUUGGAAAAGCUAGAUUUGCUUCAAAGGGUAAUCGAGAAGCUUGAAAUGUCCAUCUUGUCAGACUGCCUUAAGUGCAUACGAAUGGGAAGAAGCAACAGGAUGGAGUCGUCAUGUCUGGACCUGGCCCUGGAAGGUGAACGACUCUGUAAGGCCGGCAAUUAUCGUGCUGGUGUGUCUUUCUUUGAGUCAGCCAUCCAGGUUGGAACCGAGGACCUCCAAAUCCUCAGCGCCAUCUACAGCCAGCUUGGCAAUGCUUACUUUCACCUGCAGGAAUUUAACAAAGCCUUGGAGUACCACCGGCAUGAUCUCACGCUUACAAGGACGAUUGGGGAUGAAGUUGGUGAGGCCAAAGCCAGCGGCAACCUUGGGAACACCUUAAAGCUUUUAGGAAGAUACAAUGAAGCGGUGGUUUGUUGCCAAAGACAUUUAGACAUCACAAGAGCUAUGUGUGAUAAGGUUGGGCAGGCCCGAGCACUAUAUAAUUUUGGGAACGUUUACCACGCCAAGGGCAAAAGCAUCUGUUGGUCGGGGACAGAGCCGGGAGAGUUUCCAGAGGAAGCCAGGAUAGCCCUGAGGAAAGCUGCACAGUACUAUGAAGCAAACCUGUGUCUUGUGAAGGAGUUGGGAGAUCAUGCAGCCCAGGGUCGCACUUAUGGGAACCUUGGUAACACCUAUUAUCUACUGGGGGACUUUGAAACUGCUGUUGUAGCGCAUGAAAAGCGCCUUCUCGUUGCUAAAGAGUUCGGGGACAAGUCUGCUGAGAGGAGGGCACACUGUAACCUUGGUAACGCUCACAUCUUCCUCAGCCAAUUUGAAGUGGCAGCUGGUCAUUACAAGAGGACUCUGCAGCUCGCCAGGCUUUUGAAGGACAAGGCGGUGGAGGCCCAGGCCUGUUACAGUCUGGGUAACACCUACACACUACUUCAGGACUACGAGAGAGCCAUUGAUUAUCACCUCAAACAUCUGGUCAUUGCUCAAGACCUCAACGACAGAAUUGGGGAAGGAAGGGCCUACUGGAGUCUAGGAAAUGCCCACACUGCCCUUGGGAACCACGAGCAAGCUAUGCACUUUGCUGAAAAACAUCUGGAAAUUGCCAAAGAAACAGAAGACAAAAGUGGUGAGGCGACGGCGCGGAUGAAUCUGUCUGACCUCCGGCUGGUUGUAGGCCUAAAGUCCAGCAUCUAUUCCAACAUCUUCAGCAAAACUAACAGCUCUGCACAUUCAGUUAGCCAUCAGAGUUACCUCAGCAUGUCAGGAACAAAGUCUCCAUUAAAGAAGGAAGGUAGUGCAGAUCUAAGUCCAAAUUCAUCAUUAAGUCAGGACUGGGAGGAAGAUAAACUCUCCAGGUCAUCAAAAAAUAACACCAUCAAGGCUUCCACUAAACUUUUUCUUUUUCACCGACUAAAAAGUAAAAAACGGAAGAGCAACAAAUCUCCCAAAGAGCAGCAUGACAGUGCCUCAGACCUCUCAGUGCCUGAUUUGGACCCGCCAAAGUCUUCCCAGCAAGUGUCACAUGACACAAUUGGGGAGGAUAGCUUUUUCGACCUCCUCUCUCGUUUCCAGGGCAACCGAAUGGACGACCAAAGGUGCUCUCUUAUAGAUGGCUUGAACCAUCAGCCCGCCAGCUCCUCUCCCUCGUCCACCCCUGUUGUAGCUGAAAGGAAAUCUAUACUGGACGGCGAAGCGCCAUUGCAGGAUCCUGGUCAUUUCCUGGAGCUGCUGGCCAGCUCCCAGGCCCGUCGGCUGGACGACCAGCGAGUAAGCCUGAGCCAUUUUCCUGGCUUGAGACUCAGCACCUGCAACCGGCCCAGUACACCCUCCACCUCCAGCGAAAACCAAGCCCCUGUUCAAGUCCAUAUUUCCAGUCCAGAUCCAGCUCACAUACAAUCCCAGUACAACUGCAUGGAGCCCAGCACUGAGCAGCCUGAGGGGGAUGACGUCUUCUUUGACAUGCUAGUCAAGUGCCAGGGCUCCAGACUGAAUGACCAGAGGCAAACAGGAUGGAGGAACAGCGGGUCCUGCCUCCAUCUGACGUCACUCAGUCUAAACCGGACUGAUGGAAUGGAAGGAACUACUAUAUAUUGCAUUUUUUUAUUUUAUGGAAGGAACUACUAUAUAUUGCAUUUUUUUAUUUUAGGAGUCAAACUGGAACUAUUAAUCUUUUUUUUAAACUAUUUUUUUAUCCCACUCACUCUUUAAUUGAGGAGUAAUACAACAUAGUAAUUGUAUGGAUCAGGAAUAUAGAGCUUUCACGCUGGAAGUUGACCGGAAGAUUCACAUCAAUCAUAUUUGGUAGUGCCUCUCUGUUAUGCCAUUCACAAGGCCUACAUAGAAAAAAGAUGAUGUACUUACUGUACAAGAACAUCCUUGCCUUUUAACUACAUUCUCUGCUUCCCCAGGUACAAAUCAUUUGGCAUAACGGUCUUGAUUUAUCCUUUGAAAGAAUGAACUCUUUCUGCAUGUACUGCACAUGUAAUUGCCAACAUAUUUGAGAUGGUUUUAUUUGAAAUAAGACUGCUCAUGUGGUAAAAGGAAAAUAUGUUUAGAAUGUUACACUCACAAUCUCUCAGAAGAACAAUCAAAAAAUAAAAUAAUUACAUGCCGA